AUGAAGAAUCUCCUCUUUGUCUUGCUCUUGGCGUGCGGGCUGCUGCUGGCUCGUGGCAGCGUUUUGGAGCUGGAGCGGAUGAUCAAGUCGGCCACGGGGAAAAGCGCCCUGCUCUCCUACAGCUGGUACGGGUGUUUCUGCGGCAUCGGGGGCAGAGGGACCCCAGUAGACUCCACAGACUGGUGCUGCCAUGCCCACGACUGCUGCUACAGAAAGCUGAGAGAGGGCCAGUGCAGACCCCUGAUAACCCCAUACCACUUCGACGACGCCGAUGGAGACAUCAUCUGCAGUAACGAGCAGAGCUGGUGCAAGAGAGAGACCUGCCUAUGCGACAAGGCGGUGGCUUCAUGCUUCGCGAGUGCUUUGCAUUCCUACAAUAAAUCCUACCGCUUCUAUUUCAAGCUGAAAUGCCGAGGAAGUAAGCUCCAGUGCUGA